CAGGUGAUUGGUCGGCGGAGUUCCUCCACUUCUUAACUUCUGGCUGGUUCUCGAGGACUCGGGUCCGACUCUCGUGCAGCUGUGGUCCGGUGCGAAGAAGUGAAUCUCACCUGAAGGAGUUCCCGGCAACGUGUCACAGAUCUUCCCGGUUGGAAGUUUGUUACAGGCGGCAGCUGAACCCCCCACGCACCGGGUCUGAAACUUUUUCCACCUCAGGAGACACUUUGUGAAGAGAAGUACAAAAAAAUGGCAGACACCGAGGAUCAGCAGGUCUCGUCUUCCACGGCUCUGUUCAGCGAGGCCAUGCACCACUACCAGGCCGAGCCGGACACCAAGCCCCCGCAGGACCUCUUCAGCCUGGACGACAUCGUGGACCUGGUCGGCGGAGCUCAGGACGCCCUGGACCGACACAUUGCCGAGGACAGUGCUACACACGAGGCCACAGAAACGAAGCUGCUGGAGCCAGAACCGGAGCCGGAGUUCGAGGACUCCGAGCCCGAGGUGGAGGAACCCGAGGAGCCCGAGGUGCUGGAGCCCUUCCCAGACUCCACCAGCGCCUGUUAUGCAUCAGAGACUAUUUUUAAGUCAGAGGAGCCCAUCAUCUUUGUCCCCGAAGCCGAACCCGAGAGCUCAAGGAUCACACCGGAGCCACAGGCUGCACCCGAGCCCGAACCUGCCCCGAAGAGCGACGCCCUCCCCGCGGUGGAAGCAGCCCCAUCCCCCGCAGAGCCAGCACAGCGACCUGCGGUGACGGAGGAAGAACCACCGGCUCCUGCAUCUUAUGUACCUUCUCCUUCUAAAGCUCAGCCUCAUCCUCUGAUGCAAUACCCUAAAGCACUUGGGCAGAAGGGUGAUUCCCCUGCUCCCAUCUCUCCUCUCUCCCCUCUUCACUCCCCCGACUCUCUGGAGGAGCUCUCUCUGACCGAGAGUCCCAACCAGCCCCCUACUUCAGGAUUCGCUGCAUCCUUUGGCUCCUUCUCCACUCAAGCCCCCACUAUUCAUUCCAAGGACAUGCCUUGGGAGCGUGAAGAGGGUGACUCUGGACCAGGCCGUAGUAAGAAUAAGGAAGACCUUCUAGAUCCAUUAGCUGGUCCUUACCUGAGUUUAGGGAAAGACCCAGGGCCUCAUAAUCCGUGUGAAGACAGUGGAGUUUCCUUUUCACCUGAGGAGAAGCUGAUUAGCUCAGACAUGUCCUCUACUGGCCCCUCCCCAGUGAACCCCCAAAUGAUGGUCCCAGAAUCUUACCUUGCCUCCUCUAACCCAACAGAGCACUGGGAUUCACCAUUCUUAGCAUCUCAAGACAACUCCAAGGUCUCCAUGGAUAGCUUCUCCAAGGAUACGGCUCCCCUUAGCUCCUCCAAGUAUGAGCCCGACCUGCACGGCAACCAGUCUGAUGAAGAUGAUGACUUGAUGUACGAGGUGAAGAAGAAUAUCAACCCAUUUGAAGGCUAUUCUCCACUGGCGGAUAGUGGGUACUCCCAUUUUGGAGACUCCAAGUCUGACAGCAGAGCUUCUAAAAUGUCUGAGAGUCCCACACCCGAUCUGGUCCAGUAUGGGCAGACCGGAGAAUCCCAGGAUAGCCCACCGUCUUUUAUAGACAUGGGGAAAACAUUUGAGCAGAGCAAGAUGUCCGCUGACUCACUCAUGCACUCAAUGAAUCAGUUCUCAACCGGCUAUAAAGAAGAGGAAGUGGAAGAGGAGGAUAUUGCUCUCCCACCAUCACUUCCAGACAUCCUGAAGUCUUCCCCGCUCAACCCUGAAAAAAUGGACUCUGGCUCCUCAGAGGGAACCCCGGAGGAGCAGAGUCCCAUCUUAGAAAGAAGAAUGAUGGAGUCACCCAACCCGCCUAUCAAUCUGUCGGCAAACAAUCCAUUUGCCUUUGAUGCUAAGGUGUCCCUUCUAAAGGAGAUGACUGAGGAGAUGGAGGGAAAAGUUGGAGACAAAGGGGAUGAAGACCCAAGCUUUGACGCCUUUGAUCUUGUCAAAGAGGCAGAGGAAACCACACCAGUUCAGGUCAAAGAAGAGAAACCUGUCAAGAUCGAACAGAAGGAUUGGUUCUCAAGCCACGAUUCUCCCAAAAUGACCGAUAUGUUUGAGCCACUUGACUUCCAGAGUAAAAAGACCACUGAUGAGGAUUCAGAUUCAGAGUCACCAACAGCCGACUCUCUGUCCCCAGUCCUGGAAGCCAUGGCAAAAAACCCUGCGAGCUUCCAGGUGGAAACAAAGGUGGAGGACCUGAAGAUGGACGUGGAGGAGGCCGAGGUGGCUGAGGAGGUCUCUGAGCAUGAAGUAUCCUCUGAGGAGUUUGAAUUUAUUGAGCGACCACCGAGGGGCGUUAUCGAUGAGUUUCUCGAGGCUCUUGAUACUUCCAAGUUUGCAUCCUCCAAGCCCCCAGAAAUCCCCAUGGAUGAUGAUCUGAGCUUUGGCGAUGUGGCUCGAGUCUUUGCACCACCUUCAAAAGUAGCCCCAGCCCCAGAGGUUGAAGAAGAGGCUCCAAGUCAGAGCUCCUACUGCCUCCUUACUCAGGCAUCCCACCAGAAGAGCAAGGCCGAGCUAGAAAAGCUGGACAUCCAGCAACCCCCAUCUUCAGCUCCACUUACCCAUUCACCCGUCCACAAACCAGAGGAGCAGGUUGCCAAGAAGAGCAUGCUGGGCGGGAAACUGUUUAAGAUGCCAAACCUGAACAUAAGCACAGUGGUGGAUCUCCUCUACUGGCGCGAUGUGAAGAGCACGGGCGUGGUGUUCGGCGCCGCCCUGCUCCUGCUCCUCUCCCUGACGCUGUGCAGCAUCGUGAGCGUCUGCUCCUACAUCGGCCUGGCUCUGCUCUCAGUCACCAUCUGCUUCAGAAUAUACAAAGGCAUCCUGCAGGCCAUCCAGAAGUCCGAUGAGGGACACCCGUUCAAGGUGUACCUGGACCGUGAUGUGGCGCUGCCUGAGGAUAUUGUCCACAAGUACAGCGACGUGGCUCUGGCCAGAAUGAACAAGACCAUCUGUGAACUGAGGCGCCUGUUCCUGGUCGAGGACCUGGUCGACUCCAUCAAGUUUGCUGUGUUGAUGUGGAUCCUGACCUACGUCGGGGGCCUGUUCAACGGGCUCACUCUCAUUAUCCUCGGUCUGAUUUCCGUGUUCAGCUGCCCGAUCAUCUAUGAGAAACACCAGGUUCAGGUCGAUCACUACGUGGCCCUGGUCAACGACCAGUUUCAAAGCAUCGUUGGAAAAAUCCAGGCGAAGGUGCCCGGGUUGAAGCGCAAGGCGGAGUGAAGUAACGACAAGUCGCAGAUGGAAUGAGGAAGUUCUGAGAGGAAGAUGUG